GAGAGGCAAACAAUAGUUUUCUGCAACUAUAGAGAUAAUUAAUAAUUCUUAUCAGCUUUUCAAUCAUGAGAUCUGUUAUUUGGUUUAUAGUUUCUUAUACUCUCAUGUUACUCGUUCUGAGAGGUGGUAAAGAAGUGGAAGCUGAGAAACUGUGUACAACGAUAGGAGACUUGGACGGUAAAUGUAGCCAAGACGGAGAAAAGUUGUGCAUGAGAUACAUGACUGAUCAAUCUAAAAAAAAGUUUCUUAGCUGCACAUGUAAUAACGUUGUUAUGUUACACAAGUACAAACAUUAUUGCGAAUGUCAAUCUCAUUGUACUCCAAAACAAACGUAAGCUGUAACUCUAUAAUCAAUAUAUCUCUUUACAACUAAAUAAGAAUUGUUGAUAGAGUUUGUAGUGUUUUCAC